AUGGCUGCGCUGUCGUCUUCGAUUUUUUCUCUACCGCUACCGCCUUGGCUCCAGCCGCCUGGCACUCGCGUAUCUCGAUAUGACCGCCGGAAACGCAAAAGGAGUGUGGGGUGGAGUGAAAGCGAGCUGAACGGCGAAGAAACAACGGAUAUCGCCUCGGCUACGGAAUCUGAGCCCGCUGGGCCUCCCUUGGUCUUGACACCAAAUGAAUCCCAUCAAUACCGAAUUGCCGGUUUCCCAUCCAACCAAGAAUUGCCGAAAGGCCAUUUCCCUCAUAAGGCAGAUAAUGAUGAGCAAUCUAGAAGAGAGACUGCCUCACGCCACCUCAAAGACUUAGCGGGAUUAUCACCUCCAAUCUACCCUCCUCAGUCGACCCAGCAAGGCAACCUUCGCUUCCAACACCUAAGUGCAUUGACAGCCAUUUUACAUCGAUGUAUGCUCCAAGGUGAUUACGUUCGAGCCGGACGAGCUUGGGGCAUGAUCUUGCGCGAAGAUUACAGAGGCUUUCGAAUGGACGUCCGCAGUGAAGGAAGGUGGGGCAUUGGCGCUGAAAUUUUGCUACGGCGUGACGAACAGGAAAUCCCAGCCAAUCUUGGUACCAUUAAGGUGCCGAAUGCGAUGGACAGCACACCCAUCAAUUUUACCACCAAGGGCUUUGCGGCAGCUAAAGAAUAUUAUGAACGACUUAUUCUCAAUCACCCAUUCAUGAAAUCUUCACCACAGUCUAUCUCCUCUUUGCACUUCUACCCUGCAAUGUUUGGGCUUUGGGUGUAUAUCACACAGGAAGAAAGCAAGGCAACUAGGAAAAAUAUUACCCUUCGCCAAGAAGAAGAGCCUGAUGAGUUUUCUGAGGAUGACAAUUCAGAAUCUGAAUUUGGCCACCCUCGGAAGUCACAAAACAAGACAGAUGCUGCCAUCACAGCAAUUAGGGCACUGGAGUUGGCACAGGCGCAGCAAAUUGCUGCGCGUAUGGACCAGCUCCUAGGGUCUCCUCCAUACUCGGACUCGCCAGAAUUGCUGGAGCUCAGAGGCAUGAUCUGUUUGUGGAUCGGUGAUCUGUUGCUGCUCACUCUACCAUUACCGGCCCACUUCGAAGACUACGACGACCACGACCCAAUGCUCAUGGAUAGGACCCCAGGCUCUCUUGAAGCGAGACGUGAGCACAGGCUUGCAACCGAAAAGAAAGCAGCUGAAGUCCAAAGAUCGAUUGAGCUCUUCGAGAAGGCCAAGAAACGAGGCAGGGGUGUUGCAUACAAUCUGGAGAGUCUUCAUAUUGAUGAUGAUUCUGCUGAUUGA